AUGAGUACUUUUCUUCAGCAUCAUUUGUUUCUGCAGAAGAUAGACGAGAAUCUCGCCUUCUCAAGCCUUGUGUCCUGCGGUCUACGAGAACAGCUUGGUCGUCCAUGCCCUCAUCAAAUCGAGCAUCAACCGUUCGCCGGGUUUGGUAACGAGUGCUAUAUGACCCGACUUCUUCGUCACUGGCACCGAGCAAUCCGUUCGAAGUAA